CCUUGCAUUCACUGCUCAGGGCCUUUCACAGCACUAGGGCGGCUCCAAGGGCUAGGUGCCAUUCGGACCUGCCUCCUAAUUUCAGAUGAGGAAACUGAAGGAUCCAGGGACCCCCAGAAAACAGACUCAAGCACUUUUUCUUUAUUAUUCUAUCUUUUUAUUGCCAGAACAUGUGCAGGGAAUUUUUCAGCACUGACCCUUGCAAAACCUUCUGUUCUAACUUUCCCCUCCUUCCCUCUCCCCCUCCCCCCAUGGAGGUAGACCAAUACUUGUUAAACAUGUUAAAGUAUGUUAAACACAAUUCAGAUCGCCGGGGCCUCAGUUUCCCCUUCUACCAAAGGAGGGUCAGCCUCUGAGCGCUGGUUCCCCACCCCCCACCCCGUAGCCUCGGACCAGUUCCUGCCCCUGGGCCUCAGUUUCUCAGUUUGCCCCUCGUGACCCGGGCCCACCACGGGUCCCCAGGGCAGCGGGGAAGAGUGGGGGAGGUUCUUGAUCUCUGCCCCGCCCCUAGCCCCACCCCGUCUCGCUCGGUCCUUCCCCGGGUUUCCCGGGUUUCGGACUCUACACCCGCUCCCAGUCACAGCCCCGAGGUCUGGACCGCCGCCUCCGUCCUUUUCCCGCCCGCGCCUCUGAUUGGACAACGCGUACCAUCGGCGUGAGGCGGGCCCUUUGAAAUUGGCCAAACAGAACGCGCGGCUUGGUCGUCGUCCGUAGCUUAUUGGCCGAUUCUUUCAUGUGGCGGGCGGAGCUCGGACUGCGCGGAAAAAGGGAGCCCUAGAGGGCGAGGCAAGCUUUCCUGUCAAUCAGAGCUCUGCUCCGGCGGUUGGCUGGGCGAGGUCGGGCUUCCAGGAGAAGAGCGACCCGUUCAAGCCUGUGAUUGGCACGGUAGACCCGAACGGCGUUCCCUUGUUGGCCAGUGGAGACAUCCAUCUGUGGAGACGCCGAUGGGCGUGGGCGAGAAGGCGAGAGAGCGAAAGACGCCGCCGGAGCUCAGGAGGGCGCGGCGAAGGCAGGGGCGGGACCACGCUGCCUCCCACCCCCUCACUCCCGGUCAGUUACGGGGGCGGGGCUCAAAGGGGGCGGGGCGGCUGUGUCAAUACGGCGGCUGAGGCGGCGGCUGAGGGUCGCGACUGCCCCGGAGCCCCGCGCGCAUCCUCGCCGGACCAUGGAGGCCGUCGAGAGAGACGAGCGGCGGCGCAAGGUGGAGGCCGGCCGGGCAAAGCUUGCUCAGUUCCGACAAAGAAAGACAAAAAGCGACAGUACGGGUCCGAAGAAAAAGGCGUCGAAGAGGAAGAACGCGACUGUCCAUGCGGCUGUCGAGGAGAAGGAGAAGGAGUGUGCGGUAGCGAGCCCGGGUGGCGAGCUCCCUUCGGACCUGGAACAGAGUAUGGACAACGGGGCGGGCGGCGACGCUGCAGAGUGGGACAGCGGGUCUUUCUUGGGCGUAGAUCCCAGCGUGCCUGAAGUCCCGAAGACUCGGGGGGAGAUGAAGGUGCUGGAAGAGAAGCCCGAGGGCAAGCAGGACGACGCUGACCUGCCGAGUCAGCAGGCGGCCGAGUUUCCGCCGUGGCUGGCCUGGUGCUCGGAGGCCUCCCAGCUGCAGCAGAAUAGUGAGCUUCUGAGGAGCAAGAUGCCGGCCAAAGGAGGCCCGUUACAGCCCCGGCCCCUGGCAGCAGCCUCUCUGCAGUGCCCGCCGGAGCCGAGCGCUCCCCUGCAAGGUCCAUUCCACAGCACUCCCCUGCAGCUCCAGUACCACAGGGCCCAGGAUUUGGAGACACAGAUAGCAGCGAAUCAGCAGGUGCUGGCUGCCUGA